AUGUCUCAAAAAAUGAAAGUAAAUUCUACAAAUAAAAAAACCCUUGUUUCUCUUAAAGUAAAGUUACCCUUUCCCCCCGAAAUUACUCCAUUAAAUUUGAUUGAAAAAUCAAUAACCAAACUUAAAGUUUCUGGAAAAACCAGUCGUGUCCCAAAUUCAUUUAUAUGCUAUCGUAUGACUUUCUGUAAGGUUCUUCAAUCUUUAAGAUACCCUGUUAUCACACAACCACAACUUUCGACAAUGAUCAAAGAAUCCUGGUUAGGAGAACCUGAACAUGUACGAAUGGAGUAUCAAAGAAUUUCAUCAGAAGCUAGCAAUAUUUAUAAGCAAAUGUGUAUUGAUCAUAAAUUACUUGUGCAGGAACAAAAAAAUAAGUUUAAAAAUGUUCCGGAAGGUUCUCCAAUUAUAAUAAGCACGGAUAAUAGUUCUGGUUCAAGUUCGUCGAGUUCUUCCGAAACUAGAAAUCUCGACAACUUAUUUCCGAUUUUUCAUUCACAAACACUUGCUGAAAGUGAAUCACUACUUAUGGAUACCGAACCAUCCCCACAUUCUCAUUUAAAUAUUUAUGAACCGGAUGAGGAAGUAUAUUCUCAAAAUCAUUUACAAAACAUUCCAAACAACACUCGACCAAAUGUGCAAUCUAUGGGAAUAUCACCAUCAUUUCCAGCGGGGUUCGUUGAUCCAAGCUUGCUAAACUACAAUCCGAAUGCUUUCAAUAAGUUUCCAUCUUUAUCAAGCUCAUGCGAAGGAUGCAAUGAAAAAAUUGAAGCUCUAACUCAACGUGGAAUUGACGGGUAUGGUACACUUUUUAAACCUAUAAACAGCUGA